UCUCUAAGAUCCAAACAAGCAGAUCUCUCAUUUCAAACCUUCGAAAGAAAGAUGAAGGGUCUUGGAGGGGUAGUUCUUGUGUUCAUGCUAAUCAACUUGGCCAUUACCUGUAAUGGUCAGUUACGAAGAGGGUUUUACCUUGGAAAAUGCAAGGGAGGGAACGUUGAGGCUAUCAUCAGAGGCGUUGUACAAGCCGAAUUUAAGAAUCUGCCUAACGGCCCUAAAAUGGCUGCUGCACUCCUUCGCUUGCAGUUCCACGAUUGUUUCGUAACAGGAUGUGACGCGUCGCUGCUCCUAGAUGGCCCUGAAAGUGAAAAAAUGGCACCCCCAAACUUUAGCGUGAGAGGUUACGACGUUAUCAAAAAAGUAAAAGAUGCACUUGAGUUUGCUUGCGCCGGAGUCGUCUCAUGUUCUGAUAUCAUCGCCGUAGCUACCAGAGAUGCCGUCGUAUUGUCUGGAGGAGCGAGCUACAGAGUUGAGACAGGAAGAAGGGAUGGUUUCGUUUCUUUGAAGUCAAAUGUGAAUCUUCCAAGCCCUUCGAUUACUGUCAAGGACUCUAUUAAAGUAUUCGCGGACCAAGGACUUAAUAAGACUGACAUGGUUUUGCUCCUCGCUGCUCAUACCGUCGGAAUCACACAUUGUGCGCAAGUCCACGGCAGACUCUACAAUUUCAGAAACAAAGGCAAAAGAGACCCGACCAUGCGUGAUGACCAUUUCAAUUCAUGGUCCAAGACAUGUCCCAAUUCCGGUGGUCCUAAUAAGGAAAUAGCACUAGACCAGACACCUAACAGUCUUAAUAUCGUGGAUAACGGUUACCUCAAACAAGUCAAAGCACAAGGAGGAGUUCUUGAAAUCGAUCAAGGAUUAGGGAUAGACCCAUUGACUGCUGAGAUCGUCCGAUCAUACGCUGACGGUCCCUUGAGCAAACUGUUCCGAUCUCAUUUUGGUGAAGCUAUGAUCAGAUUGGGUCGUGUUGGUGUUCUAACCGGCAAGAAUGGAGAGAUUAGAAGAACUUGUAAUGCCGUGAAUAAUCCUAAACCAGUUCAACCCAAACCAGCAAUUCAACCAAAACCAGCUGGACCUACACCAAAACCAGCCGGCGGCUUAACCAGUCUCGGAUUAUAGAGAUCAUGAACGGUUCAUUCCACAUUUCUGCUGAUUUGAGUUUUUCAGUUUUCUUCAAGCCUUUGCGAAUUUGAAAUUUGUGUAUUUUGAUUUUGACUCCUUAAAGGAAUGUAUUUUGAGAAUCUGAAAUUUGUAUUAUUUUUCUCUUUUCAAGCAUAAAUUUGUAUCAUUUGAUUUUCACGAAUGUAUUUAUUUAUUUUUAUUGUUUUUGGAUUGA